AAACCUGGAUGGGUAUCAGUCCAUCUCUCCCAACUCUGUGUGACUGCACAAACAGUUGGAGAAGCGCAGUUAAAAGGUAGAUGAGUCACAGCAGGGCUGCCAUGAGAAGCAGUGUUUGCUGAGGUGUGCCCUUGGAGUUGCAGCUCUGCAAUUUCUGUUCCCUGUGGGACCUCUCACAGAAGUAUUUUGCUUUGGUUAAUGGAGCAUUCUGGAUAACCUAUCUGAACUAAUAAAUCAUCUUAUGCAUUUUCUUCCAUUUUUAAAAGGCCUACUGUUUCUUGCUCAACAGGUUUUAACAUCAUUAGUGCUCUCAGCCAAAUUGCUCCCUUCUCUGCAUCCCUGGUAACUGAGAGUUUGCCUCCUGCUGGUCUUUAGAACUUGUUAGUUGAUUUUUGUUUUCAAUUCCUUCAUUCCUGCUGUUGGUAGCUCCCGCACUUGGUCUUGAAGUUUACAGCUAUGCUGCUAUCUCUUAAUUGCCUUCCUAUUCUUCUGUGAGGUUUCUUGUCCAUAAUUAUUAUAUCCCGUUCUGCUUAUUUUGCUUGAAAUACUCUGUUAAUGUAGAAAAAUGCACAUGUAUGAGAAGCCUUACUCCAGGAUAAAGUAAUUUUCACCACACGUGACCAGAUCACAUAUCGUGACCACAAUGUCCCACAGAUGCAACAAUUCUGUGAUGAAAAGAAUGUAAAUUAGAAAUAAACGUUCCUCAUGGACAGAUUUCUGCAGUGCUAUACUUGAGGGUGUUUCUUGAAUUCUGCUCUGGAGGGUCUGUCUCUGGCAUUGUUGGAUGAGCUGAUGUGGGAACUGCGAGCAUAGAGAGCUCCCGAGGUCUCAAACAAACAAGCUCAGAGAUAGAGAUGGAUACAGUGUUUGACCUAAGACCUUGGAGAAGGCUUGAAGCUUUAUCAUAGAGUAGUGAAACAGACACAAAAUAAGAAUAAAGAUUUGCAGUUUAAGCAGAACUAUGUUUUAAGCAAGUAGAAAUAUGCCUCAUGUAAGCAAAUAAAUAUGUUAAGAUAGUAGAAGACUUUCAAGUUUAACAAUAGAACUUGUAGAGUUGGUAAAAAGUAGAAGAUACAGCACAAAGUUUCUGUAGAGUUAUGAUUGGAUAGAAGAAGACUCAUUGCAGCAAAUGUGUAAAACAGCAAUUAGCAAUUAGCAAUUAUCAAGGUUAUGAAGAUGCUAGCGAGCUUUGUGGAAGUAGCUGAUUGGGUAAGAAAUUUAUAAAAGACAUUGGAACUGGAAUCAGAACAGCUUCUAAUGUGAUGGCUUUGAAUGUAACAACCUUACAGUCACACCCUUCCAUGAGACCAACUUUCACAAUAAACUAUCUUUUAAACACCUCUUCAGUCCUCCCUGCCUUUCUGUGUCCUGAACAAGCUGCUGAACUGAUUGUGCUCCUUUCAGGGUAGCAAUCUUCAAAGCUCUCCUGUUCCACCUCUGCAAGUUCCUUUCCUGACUUGUGACGCAAAGGACACAUAAUUCUUGUUUGUGGUUGUGCCUUACCUGCUCCUUUUCUUUUGCAGUGCCUUUUCCUGCUUCCCAUCACUUUUCAGUCUGAGAGUGCUUCUGUUGUUUGACACUCCCAGUCUCUGCUUCCUUGCUGUCUCCCAGAGCAGUUGUUCUCUUGGAAAGGGCAGUCUGAAGGCAGCAGCUGUUCAGAGGCACUGCGUGGUGAUGGUUUGGACACACUGUGGAAUGGGGAGGUGCAGAUAUACUGACUGUGAGCAACUUACUCCUUGGUGCCUCAUCUCCUAAGGGAUUUCUCAGCUUUAAGGUGAGAACCCAAGGAAAAUCAUAUAGAGGGAAGUGUGAUCAAUCAAUAAUGAUACAUUAAAAGAGAUCUUGCUUAAAGUGAGUUGCUUAGGUAGGGCUGGCAGAAAUGCUGAGGAGAGUGGUGCAACUUUAGUCCUUCUGCUCUUCCUCAGGCACUUGGCUGAGGAUUAACAGAAGGUGCCUGUCUUGGUAUGAGGAUUUACAGCCUUCACCUUCCUCUGGGAGAAGGGGAUUUGUAUGGACUCUAAGAGAGUCCAGAGGUGGGUCUGUGUUCUCCCCUUUGCCUCUUCCUUUAAGAGCUAGUGCAUUUGAUUCCUCUAGCAAUCCAAUUUUCUUUUCCUCUUCUGUGCUGAUAUUUUAUUAAAUAUUAGCAAUGGGGAGGAGACCUGAAGAACCAGUCUCCCUUUCCUUGGCAUGAAUCCAACUCAUGUUGAGCUGUUUGCACUUGCUGAACUGAGGUUUGUGCAGCCAUUCUCUGCAAAUGGCUGUGAACACCUUCAGCUGGAGUGUCCAAGCCAGAUGGACGUGCAUUUGAAGCUUUGGCCCUGGAUUUACCCAAGGACAGCCAGGCACUGCUCUGUGCUGUAGUCGUGCUCUGUCCUGAGUUCUCUGGGGAUUUCACACUGACCAGAGCACCCCUAACAGAGCUCUGAGGAUUUAUUCUGAUUAUGGAGAGGUAAGGCUCUCUUGCAAGACUAGGUUACAGAAUCUUCCACAGUGGGAUCCUGAUUGUCUGGACAAUGUUUGUGCUUUAAAAAUGUCACUGGAUUUCCAGUCCCUCCCUGACUUCUGCCUUUGUGAUAUUGUGAGUUUGCAUUUGGCUUUUCAGUUUUGCACCUUCUUAUAAUUUAACACUUUUGUUUCUGUUAUUUGGCCUGACUUUGAGCUCUGCACAUCACCAGCAUGGCCCUGGGUGAAACAGGUGAUCUAGAUGGCAUAGGCAGGACUAACACCAAAAGGCAAACCUGUGGGACUAGACUAAGUGUCAGACUUGGUCAAGUACACUUUGAAACUGAUGACAUCCCUGCUUAGGAGGGGAAAGAUGCAGAAAGAUGAAAAAGAAACAGCACCAACUAUGGCCUGUAUCUUUACUCCUCUUUUUGAAGAUAAUAGGUUUUAGAGCUUAAAAUUGUCAUAUUUAGGGAAGCUACUCUAUCUAUUUUAGGUGGAAAUCUUGGAUGAAGACUAAGUACCUCUUCCACCAGGUUAGAACACCUUAUCUGGGUUUUCAGCACCAUACACAAAUACACACUUAAAGUUUAUGGGCAUUUUCCUUUAAUCCUUUGGGAUGUGAAAAAAAUAUAAUUGGUUGCAAGAACUUUCUCUUCUCUGUAGCCAAGAUCCUGAGGUCACAUGAUUGCAUUUCAAGAAACUUACCCAGCAGCUGGCACUGAGAUGAAUUAAUUAUUUUUUAAAGUAAGCCAGAGUCUCAGUUUGUGUGAAGUGAUGAUAACAGACAGCAUCACUUUCUGUAGGUGCAGCACCACUUUCUUAGGCAUGGCCUGAGCGCAGAGGGAAGAGAGAGGACCACCUGCUUGUCAGACUCCUGGCACAUUUUUUUGCUCUGUCUCCUCAGUUUGCCUGCCUGUAGAGCAGAGAUAAGUUUUCCCUGGAGGAAAAUCAUGUAUGUGAAGGGCUUUGAAGGUAAAAACCACUCUACACUCACUAUUGCAGUUAGCUUUACAUUAAACCAAAGCAUGUGGUGUUACCUAACCCUUUUAUGCUGUGUGUCUUUGAGCACUUCACACAUCAUAUGUAUAGCUAACAAAAAGGAAAGGUAUUGCUAAUUCUUGCAGUAAUAAAUUUUUUCCUUCAUACUUCAGUUGCUGCAGUCAUGUGAAAGACUUAGGAAGCAAGGGCCAGAGGGGAAAAUGUCAUCUUUUCCAUGAUUUAAUGACACUAAUUGCUGAGUUGAAUACUGGUGCACAAAUUUAAUUAGUAGUAAUGUCUCAGCAUUCUGUAGGGAGUCUCAUUUUAUUGAACACAUGACACAUUGUUUUGAUUUAGGUUAAAAAAUGUUUCCAGACAGACUUGUUGUAUUUUGUAGUGUUUAGUAAUGUGCAUUUUGAGAAAGUAAACAUAGCUUUAUCCUUCUAUUGAGAGUGUUUGCCUAUAGUAGAGAAUGUUUAUAUUUUCAAGUCAUCAAAUAUUGUCCAAACCUAUUGGAGCCAUUUUAUGUCAAUUGUAAAAUAGUGUAAUUGUGGUUUUCUAGGACUUCCAGGUCCGUUUAUGGAUGGUGUAGGGUUUGUACAGAGGCAUUAUGCCCAUAUUAGCCAACUGCAAUAGCUGGAGGAACAAUCAAGCUUUCAGAUAAUUUGUGUGCAUUAAAGAUUUUUGGAUUUUGGUGAGUUUUUUUUGUUUUGUUUUGUUUUUGGUGUUUUGUUGUUUGUUUGGUUUGGUUGGGCUUUGUGUCUUUUUUUCCCUUUUCAGUAUCAGAUGAUCCAAUAACUUUUAUUGCCCCUCACAGACAAAAGAGCAAAAGCCUCUGAAGUAGCACAAGUCAAGGACAGAAGUUACCAGCUCAUAAAAAACCAGUUCUGUGGGUACAGAACAAAGAAAUCCUGUAUGGACAUACUGGAAAGAGAAGACAUCUGUAAUCAGAAUUUGUUUGUGUAUAAGACCUAGCUGAUAAGGUUAAUGUAAUAUUCGGUUUUGUGGCUUGGAGCAGGAGGUCAGAAGUGGUAAGAUUGUAAAAAAUGGGGACCCCACAUCAAAAGAGGCUGCUCACUUGGACUGUCUUCUGGUGGCUGCCCUGAAAAUGGCUCUGCCUUUUCUGUGGGCCCCAAGGUCCAUCUGGGUAGUGCCCUGUGGCUUUUGCAGGACAUCAUGUCUUGCUGUCAAAAUAAGAAAGCACUGAAAACUCCUUGGAAACUAUGAAUACUUUCUCAUUUUUGUUUAGUUUUCCUUUGUCUGUUUAGCAGCUGAGGAGCAUUUUGGGAGUGCUGUGCCAGCUUUCCAUCCAAAGUUUUAUCUGACAAUGACCAAACCAAUGGCAGAUGAGAGAGAGGCCGUCGCAGCUGGAGCAGUAUCUUCAGAAUGACUGUACAAACUUGAACAAUGACCAAGCUGGAGAGGCUGAUUCAGUAUACCCCUUACUACCUCCAGCUCCUAAAGACAAAUGCUGUGGUUCUUACAAGAAGCCACUACCAAGAGCAGACCUUGUGACUGUGUUGUGUGUUCUCCUUUUUCAUCAGGAGAAAGACAGUGUGAGCAGACUGCACUGUUUCCUCCUUUUGUUUUAUGAUACAUUUAAGAUCCAAAUGCAGAGAGCAUUUUUGGACGUUUACCUUGCUGAUGGCAGCAAUAUUAGACUUUACAUCCAGACAUCAGACACAGCAGAAAGAAUAUUACAGUGGUGAAAAAAGUGUCAGAACUUGAACUUCCUUAUGUGAGACUUCAGAGCAUGAAGGAUUUGCACUGUAAGCUUGGGAUCAGAAAGUGUGAGUUGUAUUGAUUGCAGCAGAUGAAUGAAUGGAGUGGAAGAGGAAGAACAGACCGUGUCUUUUGGUGGCAGUAAGGAAAGCUGAAAAAUUCAAACAACCAUUCAACAGAAGAAUGUCUUCAUGUUUUAUUACUUUUUUUCCCUUGGCUUGGAAAAGUUGUAUGGAUCCUUCUCUCAAUACACGGCUGAUGGAUUGUAGAAUUUCACUGAACUUGCUACACACACAGGCAGUCCAGGAAGUUAAGAGGAAUUGGGUUAAAGCAACAGAUGAGCAGAUGCAGGAACUUCAAUUUCUACAAAAAUGUAAACAAAGCAAAGUUCCCAAUGGAGAUUUGAGAAAUGCAGUUCUGUGGUACAUACAGCUUCUUGUUUGAUCAUUUUGUGACUAUCCAGAAGAAAGCUGCCCAGCUGACACCCAUGUUGCCAAUGAUGAGAUUAGCUACUGCAUGACAUUGCCUGCUAACCACAUUGGAGGUCAGCUUUAAAAUCAACAGGUGAAGAAUUUGGCAGGCUACUUUUCUUGGUAUACAAAGGAUGCCAAAGAAGACACACUGGAGCUCCAUUUGAGUACAAUGACUCAGGCACAUGAAACGAGAUCAUUUUGUACACAAAACAGGUUUUUUUCUCAAUCCUUUCAGGAAAGGGUCAGAGUAAAAUAUAAUCUUACAGGGUUAGUCAUGCUGAGGCUGGGCCAUAAGGAACUGUAGCUGGUUUGUUGCACUAUAAAGAUGUUAAGAACAGGGUAAAAUUAACUGAGUCAGGAAAAUGAUGGUUCAGUAGUUAGGGAUUGUAAUUUUCUCCUGGAGAAGGAAUGGAAGAAUCAAGUAUGCAAUUUUGAAAAAAAGCAGAAAGUUCUCUGGUUUGUCCUCUUUAAACCUUUGUGUUCAGUAGCUGCUAAAGAAAAUAGUACCAGAAGAGAUGGUGAAGGCAGCCAAAGGCCAAGAAAUGGCGAGCAGGUGUGUUGGUACAGGAAUUUGUAUUUAGUAUGAGAUAAAGCUGCUACUCCAUCACUCUUACAGCUGUGCUGAGAGAAGAACCAUUGAGGAAAAGUAUCUUGCACAUUCCAAAAUUUCAGUCCAGAAUGAAUCGACUAAAAAGCACAUCUUUGCUCAGUUUUACUGAAAUAUGUUAGAAGGUUUAUUAUCACAGCUUUAGUAAUAUGUUUUACAUUCUCUCGCCUUGACUUAGACUUUUUCUGAGUAUGAUAGAGGAUAUAGAUGGUAUCAUUUUUUGUAUGUUCUGUGCUACCCUGUUGUAUCCAUUUCUGCCUUUCAAUUUUUCCCUGCUUCACUUGCUUGCUCCAUCUGCUGCAAUGUUAGACCAAAUGAGACCUGUGACAUUCACACAGAGAAGUUUUUUUUUUAUUUUAAAUAGAAGUGUUAAUAAACUAAAAGUCUGA